AUCAAUGUGAGCUAGAUAUGAUACAUUACUCACUGAGCUUUGCUGGGUGAGCCAAUUCGCCCAUCACUCUAAGAAAGUUCAAUGAAAACCAUGCGUCUGCGGCAGUGGCGCAAUGACUCUGGAUUCGAUUCCCGGCCUAGACUGGCGCUGUGAAAAAGAACUUCGAUGGAACCCUUCCGAUGUCUACUACUGCACAGCAAAGCAGACAUGGAUUUAAUAACGAGGACAGAAGAUUCAGCAACAAGACCACGACUCACCAUAGCCCAUGUAAGUGUCUGCUCACCUCGUAACAUGUCUGCUAAUGACGACAGAAACAGAGUCGGAGCUCGAAUGACGUCCCAGAUUCAGGAAGACGACACAUUCUUCAGAGACGCGUUCCCAUUCAGAGACUUAUCCUCCUUGAGUGAUGUAUUAGCGAUAUCUACUACCACUCAUCAUGAAUUAUUCAAAGGGUCAAUUCUCCUCAAAGGCCAUGGAUCCUAUGUAAGGGAUGUGACAUUCAUCCCUGGAACCCGUCUCCUCGUCACUUGCUCUGAAGACAAAAGUAUUCGGGUCUGGAAUUUGGAUACGGGGAAACAAACAGGAAAGCCCUUGUUGGGUCACGAUUAUGUAUUCUGGGCAGUUGCAGCGUCCCCUGAUGGGCGUUGGAUUGUUAGUGGAGGAGGGAAUGGAAGCAUCAUGGUAUGGGAAGUUGCAACAAAGAAGAGCGUCCCGAUAUCGUUCAAAGGACAUGAUAGUGGUGUUGAAGGCGCUGCGUUUGCACCAGACAGCGAGACAUUUGCAAGCGCAUCGAUAGACGAAACGGUAUGCGUAUGGAAGAGGGAGACGGGGGAAAUACUCCUUGGACCACUCCGAGUAGGCAGCUGGGCAUACUCGGUGUCGUACUCUCCAGAUGGGACAAAACUAGUAGCGGGCACCCACAAACACAUCAUCAUGUGGAAUCCAGCAAGUGGAGAAGAAUUGCUGAAAAUAGAACAGCGGGCAUUUAGAAUCGCAUUCACUCCAGAUGGUCUCCGUCUCGUUAGUGGAGACUCCAAUGACAUCCGAAUAUCAGAUGCUACCACCGGAGACAUCAUCAAACAGUUUGUCGCCCACACCGACCACAACUUUGUCUCACUAGCCGUUGCUCCCAAUGGCACAAAAUUCGCUACCACGUCACACGACAGGACAACGCGUUUCUUUGACCUAACCACCUUUAAACCCGUCGGCGAGCCACUUGAGCAUCCUGAUGAAGUCUGGGAUGUAGCCUUUUCCGAGGACAGCCGACUUAUUGCCACUGGCUGUCGCGACAAGCUCGUUCGUACAUGGAUAGUUCCUCAAGGAGACAGUCUCAAAACUAACAUCACCAGACGAUGAACUUCCGCCGAAUUUUUUCGAUGUUUAUCCACCCCGCCGCUCCAACCAUAUUCCAUACGGAGUGUCACAGCGCUCUGCACCACACUCUCGGAUCAUGGCUAUAGUAAAUCGACUACCAUUU